AUACCGUCCAUUUCGACACAACAAUGGCUGGCCCCGUAGUUACGUGCACAUGUGCAGUCUGCUCGAAAGUUCGCGUAACGAUCCAACAAAUCUUCAAUGUACUAGAUAUAUACAGCUGGUUAUUGGACUCGUAUGUUGUGGAUUUCUUCCAGGAACAAUUGUGGGAAAGGCUGCCGAAUAGUUGGAAGAACGUUCUGCAAGACGUGUCACCUGAAGAGUUCGGGAGAUGGUUAGCUAAUGACAUCUCGUGCAAACGCGUAUGGCCGCUGUCAUUGCUUGCGCUUCGGCAGACAACGAAAGAUUUGCAAUUAAACAGAGAUUAUCGAGAUGACGAAAGUAUUUUACGAUGCGACAGAGCAAAAGAAUUCGAAUGCAAUUCGAAGAAUUUUAUCGUGGAAAAUAAGAAUGACAUACACGUCGCUUUGAAGAAACAUAAUAAUCUCUUUCUAAAACAUGUUAAGAUAAAAAAACGACAUGAGAUACAACAGAUAGCACAGAUAUGUGCAGAUUGCGCACAAAAAUCCAAUGCAAGAUGUAUUGUGGAUAUUGGAGCAGGAAUGGGUCACUUAGCUCGGUCAUUAGCAUUCAAACAUAACUUAUGUGUAAUAUGCAUUGAACAAGAUGCAGAAUUGUCACAGCAAGCCAGAAAAUGGGAUCAAGAAUUAUUAAUCUCCUUAUCUAAACAUUUGCCUAACUUGUCAGUGAAUUUUCCACAACAUGUGUCAAUCAAACUGGAAAGUACUAAUUCUGAUCAAUCUGAGACAAUUAAAGAUAUACAAAUAUUUUCCAAGGAUUUUAAUCUAAAUGAAAAAAAAUCAGAAUUUGGCAUUGUGGGAUUACAUCCGUGUGGAGAUCUUGCAGCUACAUUAUUGAAGCUUUACACAUCUCAACAUGAGACAAGAUUCAUUUGCAUCGUUGGAUGCUGUUAUAUGAAAUUAACAUUGGAAUAUCCAAUGGAUGUAUCAAAUGGGUAUCCACUAAGUAAAUAUCUGUUAUCAUUUUCAAACUACAAGUUGUCGUAUACAGCAUUAGAAGUAGCAUGUCACGCUAUCGAAAGUUACUGUGAUAAACUGAAAACUGGGAAUUACAAAGAUUUAAUAGUGCACGCUUAUAGAGCUGUCUUGGAAACUAUUUUAAUGAAACAAGACAAACAAUUAUGUCACACUCAAGUGAGGAAUGUAAAGGUGACAAAUUCUAUGACAUUUAAACAAUAUUGCAUGGCUGCAACUGCAAAUUUCGAAGUGCAUCAUCAAAUUGAAGAUUUAGAUUUUCAGGAUUCACAAAUAAUGUUUUAUCUAAGUCAAUGGAAGCAUAUUGUAAUAUUCGGCGCAUUACGAACGAUGUUGGCGCCAUUAGUGGAAACUAUUGUAUUAUUGGACAGAUUUCUAUAUUUAUCAGAAAAUCAAUUAUCUCCCGUAUUGAAACCUAUCUUUGAUGCAAGAUUGUCUCCUAGAAACUUUUUAUUGUACUCAAUGAAAAAUAUCGAACAAUCACUUUAUAUCUGAAUCUUAU